UUGCGCGAAUUGCCACUUUUCUGUAAAUCAUAACCUAAUCUGCACGUUUUACGAAAUCCUAAAAUUAACAAUGGCUGAACCACGCGAAAGGACCUUCAUCAUGGUUAAGCCCGACGGCGUACAACGAGGACUCGUCGGUACCAUCAUCCAACGUUUUGAACAGAAAGGAUUCAAGUUGGUUGCCCUUAAAUUCAUGUGGCCCUCUGAAGAGCUGUUAAAGAAGCACUAUAGCGACCUUGCGUCUCGACCGUUUUUCCCGGGUCUCCUUAAAUACAUUAGCUCUGGGCCAGUAGUUCCCAUGGUAUGGGAAGGUCUCAAUGUUGUGAAGACAGGCCGUCAGAUACUUGGUGCCACCAAUCCCGCCGACUCUGCUCCUGGUACAAUUCGUGGUGAUCUUUGCAUUGACGUUGGCCGCAACAUCAUCCACGGCUCCGAUAGCGUUCCAUCGGCGAACAAGGAAAUCGGUCUGUGGUUCACGGAGAAAGAACUCAUCGGCUGGACCCCAGCAACAGAAAGCUGGGUGUACGAGUAAAAUCCUCCAUAACUAUUUUAAGUGCAACAAUUCCACUUUUACAUCUCACUCUAGUGUGCAGUUAGGUUAUGCAUUUUUAAUAAACUAAGAUACC